AUGCUGUGUAUUUUAUAUAUUUGUAAGGAUGAAAAAGAUGUUGAUGAUGAGUCAUUGUCGAGAGUAUUAACAUAUAACGAAGUAAAAAGUAAUACUUUUGUGUUCAUGGUUGCUGGUUACGAAACAACCUCGAGCGCACUAGCCUACUGCACAUAUAUAUUAGCAAAUUAUCCAGAAGUACAAAAAAAAUUAAAACAAGAAAUUGAUCAAUAUUUCGGAGAUCAUAGCGAACAAGACCAAAAAAAAGACCUUGAUUACGAUGCUGUUAAUCGCAUGGGAUACAUGGAAAUGUUUAUUAAAGAGGUUCUAAGAAUGUAUCCUAUACCGGUGACAGGUGUGAGUCGACAAUGUAUGAAUGAAACGUCGGUGUGUGGUUAUAAAAUAACGAAAGGUUCAGUUGUACAAGCUGAUGUUUUUAGUGUACACUAUGAUCCGGAUUUAUGGGGUCCACACGAUCCCAAUGAAUUUUAUCCAGAAAGACAUGAAGAAAAACGACAUCCUUUGGCAUAUCUGCCGUUCGGCGUUGGUCCUCGUAAUUGUGUUGGUUUAAGAUUUGCGAUGAUUGAAAUGAAAAUUUUUCUGACAAGAUUAUUAAAACAGUAUACAGUUGUUAAAUGUGAUAAACUCGAAAAACAUUUUAAUAUACGAGAAAAAAUCGUACUUGCACCAGCAGAAGUUUGGAUUAAAUUACACUAA